ACGCCCCGUUCCCUCCAAGACAAAAGCACUGCCCAGCGCCGAGGCCCCGCCUUGUGCCGGCCGAUUGGCCACGCCCGGCUCCGUAACGUCACGCCUCAGGCCACGCCCACCCGCGGUACCGCGCUUGACACUUUUUGAGUCUGGGGAUUGUUGCGUCUGAUAACCGCACUCAAAAAGAUGCUUGUGAUGAUCCACCAAGAUACGAAUCUAUGAUGCUCAAGGGUAAUUCUAAAAACCUUUAUCAGCCUGGGGACCAAAUAGAAUUUAAGUGUCGCCCAGGAUAUACGCCUAUUAUACCUCUUCUUCCUACCAGUGCUAUUUGUCAGUCUAAUAACACAUGGACACCUCUCCAGGAGGCUUGUACAGGAAAAUUAUGUUCACAGCUAGGAGAACCUGUAAAUGGCCAAGUAGUCUAUGUAAAUGGAAGUUACAAGUUUGGUUCACAGGCUCAUUAUUCUUGUAAUGAGGGUUAUUCCUUACUUGGCACAAAAAUUCUAUAUUGUGAACUUUCUGGAGAUAAUGUGGAUUGGAGUGAUACUCCUCCACACUGUGAAAAAAUUUUGUGUCAACCACCUGGAGAAAUAUUAAAUGGAAAAUACACAAAUAGCCACAAGGAUGUAUUCGAAUAUAAUGAAGUAGUAACUUAUAGUUGUAAUCCUUCGCAAGGACCAGAUGAAUAUUCACUUAUUGGAGAACGCAGGCUAAUUUGUUCUGGGAAAAAUAUAUGGAGUAGUGACCCUCCUGAGUGUAAAGUGGUCAAAUGUCAAUAUCCAAUAGUCCAAAAUGGAAGGCAGGUGUCAGGAUUUGGAGGAAAAUAUUACUAUAACGCGGCGGUCAGAUUUGAAUGCGUCCAGGGUUUUCAGCUUAACGGCAGCGACACAAUUGUCUGUGGAGCUGACAGUAUGUGGAAGCCUGCGAUACCACAGUGUGUUAAAGUGUCAACCUCUCCCAGUACAAAACCUACGAUUUCCAGUGUCUCAGGUGCCAAUCCUACUGUUUCAGCCAAACCUCCAGUUUCAAGUCAUCCAGUGUCAACUCCUCUCAGUACAAAACCUACGAUUUCCAGUGUCUCAGGUGCCAAUCUUACUGUUUCAGCCAAACCUCCAGUUUCAAGUUAUCCAGGACAUCACCCCGGUAACACUGAUGAUUUAGAUGACGGACUCAUUGCUGUGAUUGUUCUUACUGUACUUGUUGGCAUUGUACUAGUUGGCACCUGUGUGUACAAAUUUCUUCACACGAGGAACAGAUAGUAAAUUAAACGUUUCUUAAGCAUAUUGGUGCUUCUCACUCUUGACAUACUUUUGUGCAGCUUUUGUUUGUACUCUGUCUUGCAUGUUAUCUUUUUUUAAAAAAUGUGUCCACCUGAGUGUGUCAUCAGAAUUGCAUUUCAUUACUAAAAAUAUUUUUACCUACUUUUUAAUAUCAUUGUAACAAGACUGAUCUGUGCAGAGUUGCAUUAUAUAUUGUGACUGUAAGAAAAAUUUCUGUGGGAUUUGAAGUUGAAAUUCUGUUGCAAACCAUCAACCGUUAUGGGGACUUCCCUACCCUAGGUAUAUCCUAUUUCCUAAACUAGACUGGUGGCCAGGAUUAAAUUUAAAAUAGUUCACUGUGAGGAUCCGGUCAAGAUGGUGUAGAAGGUAGAUGCUGUGCUUGACUCCUCUCACAACCACAUCAAAAUUACAAUGAAACUACAGAACAGCCGUCACUGGGAGUCACCUGAGGUCUGGAUAAACAGAAGUCCUACAACUGGGGACACACAUAAGAGGUCACCUCGAGACUAGUAGGAGGGAUGGAGAUGGGAAACAGGAUAGUCUCAUAACUGCAUGGGGCAGAUGAGAAUCAGGAGGGUUAUCUUGGCUGCAGAGGCCCCCCCAAGAGGAAUGAGGGUUCCCUGUUUCACACUGGACUCCCCAUCCUAGGGUUCUAGCACUGGAAAGAGAAGUCCCCACAAUCUCUGGCUGUGAAAACCAGUGGAGAUUGUGGCUGAGUGAGACAGAGGCUGUGAGAGUCAAAGACAUUCCUCUUAAGGGCCCCCUUUAUUGAGCCCUCCUGCCUCCCAGUAUGCAGACACAGGUGAUCACCAUAUCAGAGUCUCCAUCAACCUGGAUAGCACAGGUCGCUCUGCCCAGGUAACUCCUGAGACCCCACCUCUCCCAGCUUGCAGGCCCAAUCAAGCUUCUUUUAGUGGUUUUUGGCCUGUUUUGGCUCAUGCUGCAGACUUUCCUAAAAUCUCUCAGAGGCUCAUAAAACACAAAGAAGCAGCAUCUGGUCUCGGUGUGCCCUAUACCUCUUGCUGAGCAGUCCCACAC